CUCGCGAGAGUUGACCUAGCCGGCUACCCUUGAGUUCGCCCAGACGCUUUAGGGUCGGCCGAGCAAGCCCAGCUAGGUAUGGCGAUGGUGAAGCGGUUCUUUGAAUCUUACCAUGAGGUCCCCGACGGCACCCAGUGUCAUCGCAAGACCUACAUCACCACGGCCUUAGGCGGCAUUUGCGGCAUAAUCGGCUCCGCUUACAGCGUCUCACUCAACCCCGCAGAUUCCACCCUGGAAGCAGUGGCCAGAGUCGGCCGGUACACAUUCACUGCAGCUGCUAUUGGAGCGAUGUUUGGCCUUACCACCUGUGUCAGUGCCCAGGUCCGAGAGAAGCCAGAUGACCCCCUGAACUACUUCAUUGGUGGCUGCGCGGGAGGCCUGACAUUGGGAGCUCGCACUCACAGCUAUGGGACAGCAGCCAUGGGCUGUGUCUACAUGGGCACUGCGGCCGCCCUGUUCAAGAUCGGCAAGCUGGAAGGCUGGGAGUUGUUCCCUACCCCCAAGGUGUGAGCCAAACCCCUGUGACAAAUAAACGCUGUAUGUUCCUGUGUGCAAUGUCUUAAAGGCAGGCUUGCUGCAUGAGAUGGCCAAUUGGGAGGGGGUAUAGCAGAAGGCAGAUAAGAUGACAGAGGCCUGGGCCUGCACUUGGCACACAGGGUUCACAGGCAGGCCCGGAAGCCCACAUGCGCCUGCCCGCCAGCCUGCUGUGGGCUGCCCAGAGGCCACUGACCUGGCUCUGCAGAUACAGCUCAGAGCCCCAUGGUCAGCCACCAGUGAGUAGCAACCUGGCCACCCCCACGCUCGGGUUGUGGGCUUCCCCUCCUGGGCCUAUUCCCAAAGCCAACAGCUUCUGGAAAACAUGCCUGGGCCCCACAUACCAGUUGCUCCAAAUUUCUGGGCAAUGGAGCAGAGAGCCCUGUAUGGGCUGUCCUGUCCUGCAGGCCUCCGCAAGCCCAAGGCCAGGGAUGGAGUCUUUCAGCCUGGCCAGGUGACACAGGGCCCAGUCCCUGCCUUGUAGGAUCCUUGCCCAGCAGCUGACAGCCUUUGAUUUAGGUGGCCCUGGAAUGCUAGCGACGCCCAGCCCAGCACUGGCCGAGCUUCCUGGCAACUGUGGAGGAAGCAGUGGGCUCCAGCAGCCUCUGGGGCCAUAAAUCAAGGUCUGGGUCCUGCCUGAGAAGCCUAGCUCCUGAGGCCCCUGCUGGACCCAGACACUUGCUGGGAGAGGGCCACAUCGUCUGCCCUCCUGGAAGCCUAGACCUGAAAUGAGGGCCAGCCUGGUGGUAUGCAUCCCCUGCCUCCCUGAAUCCCAUCCUUUGUAGCCUCACGUGCCAGCUCAGGGUUACCAUGAGGGCUGUUUGAGCUGGACUUGGGGCUCCCCAAGAAAGGAAUGGGAAACCCCAAGAGGCACAGAAGGCACAGGAGCCCAGGCCCCAGAGUGCUGUAGCUCAGAUGUGUUCCAACUUUGAAUCCUGGGCUCCUGGCUGUGUCCCUCAACACAAGCACCAAGCCUCAGCUCUGCCCCAGAAAUGGGAAGAACGACUUCCCUCUGGUCAUCACGACAGGUCCCUCCCAGUUGGGCCCUGUGUACCUGGAUCUGACUGUGUCCCCAUAAAGGUUUGAAUGGACUGGAGUAUCUUCUUGGGAGUGCAGUCCUGUAACUUCACGUCACGCCUCCAUCUUCUUUCCCAUCCAUCCACCCUGAGGGACAGAGGCGCUCCACCAGGACCUGGCAUGGUGCUGCCUUGCCCACUGGUCACCAUGGCUUUGUCUUCCAUGGGUCUGACAAGGAGCAUUCAAAGCUGACACCAUUCUGCUCCCUGCCCCCUGCCUUUCAGGGUGCUGCUGGCUCUGCACAUAGCCCACCCAGCCCUUUCUGGGCCAGCUGCCAGGGCUAGAGUGGCCUGCCAGCCCACCCCCACCCCCCAGCCCCCUGCCGGCAUCCAGACCUCCAGAAAGGGGCAGGAUGGGGUGACUGCUCACCAGACUCGAGGGAGCCCCAAACCCAGGCUACAUUGGCUAUAAACAUUUACUAGCCAGAGAAGGGCUGACGUCACCUCCACACAGAGGCCCCCAUCUGGAAUGUCCCAGCAGCCUUCUGUAUGGAGCAGUAGGACCAUCAUGACAACACAGGUCCAGUCUUGUCCCCUGAAGGCCUAGAAGAGACCCUAAGAAGGAGGGCCAUCAGCAGAGACAGAAUGUCCUCGGUUGAUCGCAGAUCUGGGGAUACUGAACAUCCCCUCUCCUGAAGUCCACCCCUACACACAAGGCUUCCAGAACCCUGGCCUGGCCACAGGUGGCGCACGGGCCUCUGCUGGUGAGCACAGGUAUCAACAGGAGCCCCACCUCUUGCCUCCAUCUACCUCAGGGCCAAGGCUCAAGUCCUCUCUGCUCCAGCGGCUGCACCAUGUUGUCACGUGUCAUCUCGUCCUGUGUGUCCCUAUGUGGAACUAGGCUAGGUUUUGGCUGUUAUACCCCUCGUCCCAUCCCAGCACAUGGAAUUAUUGUCUGAGUGAGGCCUCUAGUUAGCUGCUGGCCACCAAGGCCUGAACUAGCAACCCAGGUUCAAUCUCUGAAAUCUACACAGCAGAAACAGAACAGGCUCCCCUGGGUUGUUCUCUGACUGUGGCACAAAGUACACAAAUAAAUGUGAUUUUAAAUGCA